AUGGUGAGAGAGACACAUUAUUAUGAUGUGCUAUCGGUUUCACAUAAUGCUACGGUUGAAGAGAUAUCGCGAGCUUACAAACGACAGGCACUAAAAUGCCAUCCGGAUAAAACAAACCACGAUCCAAAACUAACAGAGCAGUUUAAGGAAAUGACCCGAGCCUACGAAGUGCUAAAGGACUCGAAACAGAGAUAUAUAUACGAUCGAUAUGGCCAAGCCGGGUUGGAGCGAAUCGUUGUCCAGGAGUCACCAGCACCACCGAAAUCGAGAGACCAACCUUCAGAAGAAUCGGACUCGUUCGAAGAGUCAGAUGAAGAUUAUACAGCAAGCUUCCUGUCGCAGCAGUUUCCAAACUUAUUCACCACCACGUCAUCGAGCCGGCGGAAUGCUGGCCGCAACCACUUUGGUCAGCAGCAGCAGCAGCACCACCCGUUUCAAAACCACGACAUCUUUUCCAGGGUCUUUGAUGACAUGAACUCGAUGUUUUCCAGCCACAAUGCAUUCUUUGCCUCCCAGUUCCAAUCCUCAAUGCCCCAGACCAGUCACAUAACCGAACGAAUAGAACCUUAUGGCACACCUAUCCAAAACCAGCUCUUUAAAGGAGAGAAUAUCCACCACGUAAACGAAGUCACCUUGUCCGAUCUAAUGUAUGGCAGAAUCAUCAAGCUCUCACUACCGAAAAACAUAAAGUGUCUCCACUGCGAUGGGUUUGGAGGAUUGAAUCCUUCCACAUGCAAGAGCUGUUUGGGUUCGGGACAAGUCUUGGUUACUCAGUAUACCCAGUUUUCCCAUCGAAGACAAACAAAAGUAUGUCCCACUUGCAAAGGCAAUGGGAUUUAUUUCAAACCCGUGGACAAGUGCAUAUACUGCCAAGAUGGCCACGUUGAACAAACAAAAGUUGUGCAGAUAAUUGUACCACCAGGAUUACGUGACGGCGACAAGAUUGUUCUCAAGGGAGAAGGCGACGAAGGCAGAAACAUCAUCCCCGGCGAUUUGAUCGUGGAGUUGCGCCAAAAGCAUCAUCAACUGCUAACCAGGAGAAAUACCGAUUUGUUUAUGGACUACAACUUGGACCUCAAGACGGCCUUGCUUGGCGGCGAGGUGAUGAUCCCCAAUUUCCUACGCGUGGGCCAGUUUCUCAAGAUUUUCAUCAACACCCACGGGUACGGCCGCAUCAACAGCCCCUCUGUCCAACAGGGGGAAGUAUUGGGUACCAUCAACUCGGGAGAGCCCAAGAUUGUGAAAGGCUUGGGGAUGCCCAUCAAUAGAGAGGUUGUUGCCAAUGGCGGAUACAUCAUCCAGGAGAGCCACACCGCUUCGCUCCCUUUGCUAAGUGAAUUUGAACGAGGCAACUUAUAUAUAAACUUCCAUGUCCAGCUCCCAUCCGUGGAAGAGUUUACGCAAGAAGGGUUGAUCAACCUCCAGAAUGCUUUACCGGGGAACUCUUCCUACAUUGCAUCGCCGACCGAACGGAUCAUCGAGUCGCACCUCUCCAGCAUCCACGGCUCGAAAUCCAACCCUAUAACAAUUGAUCCGACGCCAAGUGCUUCGACGGGAGCGUCGCCGCGGCUGAGCAAAGAGAGCUUCACGGGCAAGCCGAGGCCAGGCGGGAUGAAAUGGAAUAGCGACCCAGAAAACGCAGCCAAGACUCGUACUGAUUAUUUCAGUCCCAGUGGCGACGAGUUUAAGCAACAAGCUCAAGCCCAAGCUAAAUCUCAAUCUCAGUCUCAGUCUCAGUCUCAGUCUCAGCCCAAGAAAAGAAGAUUUGAUAAUGAAUCCAGAGCAGAAGGUAUUGCUAGUGGCUUGUGA